AACCACUGCAUACGGGCAUUGUGUUAAGAAUGGCUUGCAAAGUUGUGAUUGUUGCAGCUGCUAGAACACCGGUAGGGAAUUUCAACGGAGCUUUUAGCUCUUUGGCAGCUCAUCAAUUAGGCGCUAUAGCCAUUAAGGAGUCUCUUUUGCGUUGUGGUGUGAGUCCAGAAGAGGUUAGUGAAGUCUUCAUGGGUCAAGUGCUAACAGCAGGCGCUGGUCAGAAUCCAGCUCGUCAAGCAUCAAUAGCUGCAGGCAUUCCACACACGGUUCCUGCAACGUCGGUCAACAUGCUUUGUGGCUCUGGCCUUCGUUCUGUGGUUCUAGCCGCUCAAGCCAUUAGCACUAAUGAUGCAACUGUCGUUGUUGCAGGUGGACAAGAAAGCAUGAGCCAGUCUCCGCAUUGUAUGCAUUUGAGGAGCUCUGUGAAGAUGGGAGAUGCCAGUAUGGUUGACACCGUCCUCAAAGAUGGCCUCAUCGAUGCAUUCAAUAAUAUUCACAUGGGUAUCACAGCCGAGAACGUUGCCAAACAGUGGCAGAUCUCGAGGGAGGAACAGGACCGAUUUGCUGUUCAAUCGCAAUCUUGGGCUGAACAGGCACAAAACGAGCAGCACUUUGUAUCAGAGAUUGUACCAGUAGUGAUUCAAACUCGAACAGGUCAGAUAGAGGUGUCUGUGGAUGAAUUCCCUCGGCAUGGCACUACGAUGGAAAAACUAAGUCGUCUCAAGCCAGCAUUUAUUAAGGACGGGACGGGAACGGUCACAGCUGGGAAUGCUUCAGGUAUCAACGAUGGCGCUGCGGCAGUCGUGGUGAUGAGUCUUCAUGAAGCAGAGAAGCGUCAGAAGGCUCCACUAGCUCACAUAGUCAGUUGGGCACAGGCGGGCGUUGAUCCAAAAAUUAUGGGCACCGGCCCGAUACCAGCAAUCAGGAAGGCACUAGACAAAGCUGGUUGGACGGUCGCCGAUGUUGACUUGAUUGAACUAAACGAAGCGUUUGCUGCACAAUCGCUUGCUGUAGUUUCCGAACUGAAGUUGGAUGUGACAAAGGUCAAUGUAUCUGGAGGUGCAGUUGCUCUCGGGCAUCCUAUUGGAGCAUCAGGAACACGUGUUCUAGUGACUCUGCUCUACGGGCUGAAGAGGACCGGUGGCAGGAAGGGGAUCGCAGCUCUCUGCAUCGGUGGGGGGAUGGGCAUUGCCAUGUGUGUGGAACGUGCUUGAAACAGUUUACCCACUCAAGGCAAAUGAUUGCAAUUUAUUUAAUAGAACGGUCGUAAUUAAUAAAGUAAUUCAUCCGUG